AUGUUUCGCAAUUCUUACGAUUCGGAUAAUACUACUUUUUCCCCUCAAGGUAAACUCCAUCAGGUCGAAUACGCCCUAGAAGCCGUCAAACAGGGUUCUGCGGCCAUUGGUUUGAGAUCGAAAACACAUGCGGUUCUCUUGACUCUCAAGCGUUCUACGGGAGAGCUCGCAACGUACCAGAAGAAAUUGAUCAGGAUUGACGAUCAUGUAGGAGUGGCUAUCGCCGGUUUGACGUCCGAUGCGAGGGUGUUGAGUAACUUUAUGCGACAACAAGCUAUGUAUUCUCGUAUGCUUUACGCUCGACCUAUGCCUGUGUUCCGGAUGGUUCAAGGUAUUGCGGAUCGUGCCCAGGCAAACACACAAUAUUACGGUAAACGACCGUAUGGGGUCGGGUUCUUGAUCAUUGGAGAAGACGAGACUGGCCCCCACCUGUUCGAGUUCUCUCCAACCGGCACAUCGUUUGAGUACUACGCCCAUUCUAUAGGCGCCCGUAGUCAAAGUGCAAAAACCUAUCUCGAACAAAACUUUGCCUCUUUUGAAGAUUCCACCCUUGCCGAAUUGAUCAACCACGGUCUUUCCGCCCUCGCCGACACUUUGCAACAAGACAAACACCUCACCAUCGCCAACACAUCCAUAGCCAUCAUCGGUCCUCAUUCUCCCGAAGUGGAGAACUCAACAUCUGCCGCCGCUCGUAAAGGUGCUUUUAGAGUGUGGGAGAAUGAAGAUGUAGAUGUGUUGUUAAGGGCCUGGCGACGAAGUAGGGGUGAGCCAGAGGAUGGACCUCAGGAAGAAGAGGCGCCGGCGGCUGAGGGAGAGGGAGAGGUACCUCCCGUUGAUGCAUCAGCGACUACGACGGAGGAUGUUACUAUGGAGGAAUAG